AUGUCGAAUCUAGAGAAAGGACAAGAAAUCACACAAACUGAAUUUAUCAACGAUGUCUCUCAAUCGACAAUAGGAGAAGGAAUAGAUCAGAUUGCGUAUGCAGAAACGAUCAAAUCAAACGUUGAAGAAGAUGCUGCCAAAGAUCCUAAUAAUCCAAAGAACUGGUCUCCCCUUAAGAAGUGGACAAAUCUGAGUAUUGUAGCUAUGCAUGCUUUUAUGGGAUACUUCUCUUCUGCGAUCUACUUUCCAGCUACUGCAAUAAUGCGAGUUGAAUUUGACACGAAUGUUAUAACAAUCAAUGCUACUGUAGCUAUCUUUGUUCUUUUCACUGGUAUUGGUCCAUUAUUCUGGGCUCCAUUAAGUGAACGUAUAGGGAGAAGAUGGAUAUACAUAUCAGCAAUGGGCAUGUACACAGUAGUUACAAUCAUUUGCGGAAUAUCUAAGCACAUUGGGAUGUUCUUCACCUUCCGAAUUCUCCAGGCCAUCUUUGCUUGUGCAGGACAGGCUCUUGGAGGUGGAAGUGCCUCUGAUAUGUUUGAAUCAAAAGACAGAGGAAAAGCCAUGAGCUUUUAUAUGUUUGGAACUGUCCUAGGUCCAGCAAUUGCUCCAAUGAUCGGUGGUUUCAUUACUCAAUAUCUUGGAUGGCGUUGGAUUUUUUACAUCAAGACUAUGAUCGGUGGAGUUAUGACAAUAAUCACGUUCCUUUUCGUCAAAGAGACUCUUUACAUCCCUCCUGGUAGUUUGCCACAAACUGAUACCAAACAAUCAUUCUUUUCAAAAAUCAGGUUCAACCCAUUCGGAAGUCUUGGCUUGCUUUUAAAGCCUCAUAUUUUUUUGGUGUGCUUACCUGUGAGCGCUGCAUUUGGAUUCUUUUAUCUUCUGGUCACUAUUCUUCCUGCUACAUAUUACGGGCUUUAUAACUUCUCUACAAGUUCAGUCGGGCUGGCUUUCUUUGCAGGAGGUGUUGGAAAUACCUUGGGAAGUAUUGUGGCUGGUUUAGUGUCAGAUCGCCUUUACUUUUGGCAAAUCGCGCGCAAUAAUAACAUCCGCAAGAUUGAGUACCGUCUCACACCUGUCUACUUUGGUAUUCCAUUUCUCCUCUUUGGUGGACUUCUUUAUGGCUGGCUCCUUGAUUUCCACGCACCAUCAUUCCCUCCUCUUAUCGGAUACGCAAUGUACACCUUUGGAACUAUGUUUACCAUGACAAUUGCAAACACAUAUCUUUCAGAGACCUUUCCUGGUCGUGCUGCGUCAGUCGUAUCAGCAUGUAACUUUACAAGAAAUUUGCUUGGAAUGAUGUUCUCCUUGCUGGCAGCUCCAAUUAGAAAUGGUCUUGGUGAUGGUUGGACAUACACAAUGAUUACCAUUUUCAACUUUGCAUUGUACUUUACUUGUAUCCCCCUCGUCCAAAUAUACGGCCGCCGUUGGAGAGAAAGCUAA